AUGGAAGAUGAGAGAGCCAAGGUCCAAAAAGAAAUAAAAUUCCUUCGAGAGAUGCAAUUGGAGCUCCGCCCUAAGAAUACUAAAAAGAUGUUUUCAAAAGAGAAUGUGCAAAAUGUGGGUACGAGCAAUAAUGGAAGUUGCUCUAUUGAAGAAGUAAUAAAAAACAGCAGUGUUUCUAAAGAUUAUCUAAAACAGAUUGGAGAUCUCAAGGAAGAUUCCUUCUCAAUAGUUGUGAUUCAUGAAACAAGUGAAUUAUCAGUUUAUAUUGAUAGGCGCGACCAUACUGAAUUAAUUUCUGAUAUCUAUAUGGCAUUUGUAUCUCCAAGAAUAUUCAACGAGAUAUUUACAAACACAUCAUCCUAUGAAAAAGAGACAAUUGGCCAUAUUCGGCAACUUUGGGCUCAAAGUUUUUUGCAAAUAGUUAAAAAUCAAAAGGUUGAGGAGCAAAAUCUACAAGACCAAAUGCAAAUGGUUGAAGAGGAUAAAGACAUAGAAAAAGACCAAAUGCAAAUGGUUGAAGAGGAUAAGGACAAAAAUUUUGGUAAAACAAAAGCGAAGGAAGAAGAAAGCUUAUAUAGGAAGAAAAUGACAUGA